CCGGAAGUCAGUUGUCGACGGACUUUUCAGACUAACAAAUCUCUGAUCUUCAGCACCGCACCUUUAGCUGUGUCCAGACCAGACCCACACGAUGGCUCACUGGUUCCACAGAAACCCACUAAAGGCCACAUCGCCGGUGUCCUUUAACUUCUAUGGAGUGGCAGGAAGCCCCGCUGCCAACAAGAUCUGCAAUGACCUGAGGACGACCCGAGCCAGGCUGCUGGACAUGUUCACUGACGCCACCUGCAGCCCAGACACAGUGAAGAGUGCUACAGAUGCAUACUUCUCUCUGCUGCAAGGCUUCAUUGUCUCUCUGGAUGGAACUACACAAGAAAACAAGAUGAGGUUCAUCCAGAACUUUAAGUGGACCGACACCUUACAAGGAAACAUACCAAGUGCCCAGCAGGAUGCAGUCUUUGAACUGGCUUCUAUGGCCUUCAAUGUGGCCAUCUGGUACACCAAGUUUGCCUCAAGACUAGCUGGGAAGGAAAAUAUAACAGAGCCUGAAGCCAAAGACGUUCACAGGAGUUUGAAAGUUGCAGCUGGAAUAUUCAAAACUCUGAAGGAGGUCCACAUUCCUCGCCUCAUCACCCCGGCAGAAAAGGGCAGAGACCUGGAGCCCCGUGUGAUGGACGCAUACAUCAUCCAGUGUCAAGCUGAGGCUCAAGAAGUGACAAUUGCCAGAGCCAUCGAACUGAAGCACAAUGCCUCACUAAUCGCAGCUUUGGCCUUUGAGACGGCAAACUUCUAUCUAAGAGCUGACCACACACUGAACACGUUGGAGCCGGAGUGCAGCAGCAAGUGGAAGAAGUAUCUCCAACUGAAGCAGCAUUUCUACAUGGCUUAUGCGUACUGUUACCACGGCCAGACGCUGCUGGCCACUGAUAAGUGUGGUGAGGCUAUAAGAUCCCUGCAGGAAGCAGAAAAAUGUUACUCCCGGGCCGAGGCGCUGUGUAAAGAGUAUCGUCAGACCAGAGGCCCGGGAACCACGGCCAAACCGUCUGAGCAGCUGUUCUUCCUCAAACUGGGCAACCUCAUCAAGAACUCUCUGGAGAAGUGCCAGAGAGAGAACGGCUUUAUCUACUUCCAUAAAGUCCCAGCUGAGGCCCCCCAGCUGGAGCUGAAGGCCAGCUAUGGCCUGGCUGAGCCGGUCCCCUUCGAGCUGCCGCCUGUCAGUGAGCAGUGCACUGCUGAAGUUUACGCCACAUUCAAUCUGACCAAGGGAGCCAAAAAUGACAAGGCCAAGCCCAAGGACGAGGAGGUGAAGCCGGUGAAGGAACCAGAUCUGAAGCCUCAGAAAGACACCGGCUGUGUCGUCUCCUAAACAUUCCACUCAUCACCUUCUCAGCCUCAUCACGUUUAGUGACAAUCUGUUGUUUUUUUUCAGUUUCUGUCCAUGAUAUGUAUUUUUUCUACAUUCAUGCUGAAAGAUGGACGUUGUAUUUGGAUAAGAUCCAUUAUUCUGAAACUAAAAGUCUGUCUCGUGUGAAAUCUGCCUCUGGUAGAGCAUUAGGCAACCUCCAAAUCCCUCCUGUUUUGGUGGACAUUGUGCAACAUUACUGUUUAUGAUUAAAAUCUACAGUAAGUUUACAGAAUUUCUGUCUACCAGGUUUUGUGACCUGAACAAGUUUUAGGCAAACGUUGUUGCAUUGUGAUUUCUUUCAAUAAAUGACAUUUCUGCUGACAGAGCACGUAUCAGGUGCCUUUGGCUUCAGAGCAGUCUGUAUUUAACUUUACACUUGAUUAAACAUGACUCAUGUGAGUAAAACUGGCCCAUAGGACAAGCUGGAGGUAAACUCAUAAUUUGGAUCUAUAAGGCAGUAUUUUUAUAUUUACACUACUAAAUCAGAUUUAAUAUGAAUUAUCCAGAAUGAGCAGAUGAAGGAAACUGCAUUAAUACAAUCAGCCUGUAUGUUCCCUUUCAAUUGAACAUAAGAUUUGGUUACAUUUGGAUCAAGAUUUUUACUUUUCGAACACCAUGAAAUGAUUUGAAAUGCAAAUCUACAAUGGACAGACUUCCACUGGACUGUUUUUAUCACCACUGAGUUCAGUUUGUUUUAGCCGUUUACAAUCGAUACUUUGUUCUUUUUGUACUUUAUAUGCCCGUACUGUUUUCUACUUUUACUCAUCAUGUUGUGGAAUAUUGCUGAAUUACUCUUUAACACAAAGGUUGUGUAGCUGGAAAAAUUAAUUUAUUACUGUCAUGAUAUGACAGCAGACAACUUAAUGCACUUAGGACAGUUUAAAGUGCUGUUUCAUCAAAUCAUUUGUUUCUACAGACGCAUAUUGCUGCCACAAUUUUUUAUUUUUUAUCAUACUUUGCUGUGAAAAGUACAACAUUGUUUUAGGGGUUGUUCAGAA